CUCUCUGUCAAUGGAUCGGCAAUUAGGGACUCCACUGCCCAGUUUUACUACGUUUACCUCAAUCUGGAGUCUUCUGUCCAAUCAAUGGUUCUGCCACAGCUCUCCUAUGCAGAGCACACUUAAUCGUGGGACUACCAAACGAUCCUGGAUUAGCUUUCACGGGUAUACGAUAAUCUAAACAAGUAAUCGGAGGCUAAAGAUAAGCUCUAUACCCUCCGCCAAGGCAAUAAUUCCCUUCCUGCCUAUAUUGCCAAGUUUGAACGCACCCUGUACGAAGCGAAUGGCCAAAGCUGGCCAGAUAUUAAUAAAAUAUCCAGCUUUCGCAAUGGCCUUAACUCCGCAAUUCGCUCUCGUUUAGCCCAACAGUUGACUUUGCCCCGGGUUUACGCUGAUUUCCUGCGUACGGUUCAGCAGCUCUCGUCAAAAACAGCCGCUCCGCCGUACCAGACUACUCCCAGAAUUGCUAGCGAUCCUAUGGACGUCAGCGAAUUAACAAUUGACGUCGUUACACCGGCAAUUAGUACUCUGGAGUCCUCUGAGCCAAUCUCACCAGCUAUACCAG